AUGGUCCUACACUCCGACCUCAUCAUGUCCGGCUCCCGCUCUCUGGACGGCUGGGAGAGGUUACAACACCGCUCUCCACCCUUCCUCACCAGCAGCGCCAGGGUCUCAUCUCACUCUCCAACCCCAAUCUCAAACCCAACUCCUGGCCACGUUCUGGGCAACUCCAGCCUCACCAACUCAAGCGAGUGCGGGGAGGAGAUCUUGUUGUAUGGGGAUGUGGAGAAGGUUGUGAUUGGGUUGGUGCUGUCGGUCAUUAUCGUGUGGACAAUCGCUGGUAACGGGCUGGUCAUGGUGUCGGUGUGCAGCGUCAAGAAGCUACGGCAGCCCUCCAACUACCUGGUGGUGUCACUGGCGGCCGCUGAUCUGUCGGUGGCGCUGGCCGUCAUGCCCUUCGUCACCGUCACCGACCUGUUGGGUGGAGAGUGGCUGUUCGGAGAGGUCUUCUGCAACGUCUUCAUCGCCAUGGACGUCAUGUGCUGCACGGCCUCCAUCAUGACCCUGUGCGUCAUCAGCGUGGACAGAUAUUUGGGGAUAACUCGCCCUCUGACAUACCCGGUGAGGCAGAACGGACGCUCGAUGGCUAAAAUGGUGCUGAUGGUUUGGUUGCUCUCGGCCUCUAUCACUUUGCCGCCCUUGUUCGGCUGGGCCAAGAACGUCACGGUGGAGCGAGUGUGCCUCAUCAGCCAAGACUUCGGCUAUACCGUUUACUCCACAGGGGUGGCCUUCUACAUGCCCAUGACCGUCAUGUUGGUCAUGUACCAUAGGAUUUACAAGGCGGCCAAAAUCAGCGCCGAGAGGCACAAGUUUGCCUGUGUCCCCUGGCGCUGUGAGCGGGAGGGGAUCUACAGCAUGGACAAGGACUCGCGAGCCCAGCAUCCCGGGAAGCGGUCGAAGGCCGCGGAGGAGUGUGUGACCUUAUCCAGGUUCCUCAGGCACGACAGGAGAAACAUGUCUAUCUUCAAGAGGGAGCAGAAGGCGGCUAGAACGUUGGGCAUCAUCGUGGGUGCCUUCACCUUCUGCUGGCUCCCUUUCUUCCUGCUCUCCACCGCCCGUCCUUUCAUCUGUGGCAUUGAGUGCAGCUGCAUGCCCCUGAGGCUGGAGAGGACAUUGCUCUGGCUGGGCUACACUAACUCCCUCGUCAACCCCAUCAUCUACGCCUUCUUCAACCGGGACCUGAGGACUACCUUUUGGAAUCUGCUCCGCUGCCAAUACCGCAACAUCAACCGCAGGCUGUCAGCCGCCAGCAUGCAUGAGGCACUCAAAGCCACCGAGAGGCACCAGUGCAUAUUAUAA